AUGAAGGCUGAUAAGACGAAUUUCAAUGCCGCCAACUUCGGGUCGAUGAGCACCUUUACGAUGCUGAACCACAAGGAUCACGUUGCAUCGAAGAAGAGAAUUGGUCAUGCGUACUCCAUGAAGAGGAUGAGGGCCUUCGAAAGCGAGAUUGACCUCCGCUUGAAGGAACUCGUGGGGGUUCUCACAAAGACCGCUAUGAAGGGAGUCACCAUAGACUCUCUGUACCAUCUGCAGCAAGCUGGAUCUGAAACCACUUCGCUCAAUGUUGCCUUGGCUGUGUUUCACAUCGCCCGCAAUCCCGAUGUCAAGCAUCGUCUUCAAAAUGAACUCGACCAUGCUGAACAAACGGGUAAAAUUCCUCCGCGGACAGCCAUGAUCAGUUACGACCAAGCACUUGAACUACCCUUCCUCACCGCCUGUAUCCGCGAAUCGUUACGCUACACCCCUUCUGUGGCGCAGAUUCCCCGCAAAGCGCCCCCCGACACAGGCCUGAAUCUUCAUGGAAGACAUAUUCCUCCUGGCACUUCGGUCUCUACGAGUGCGUGGAUCGUGGGCCGUGACACGAAUUUAUACGGCGAAGACAGCAACACGUUCAGACCCGCCCGCUGGCUGGAAGCGUCGGAGGAUAAACUAAGAAAGAUGGACAAAUUUGAUUUUGUGUUUGGUUACGGGGCGAGGAGAUGUCUCGGAAGGCACGUGGCGUCUAUUCAGUUGUGGAAAUCCAUUGCAGAAGUGUGUUAUUUGAUGCCUCCCUGA